UUCCCCCUUCCCACUUUCAGAGAUAGAUUUUCUUCCGAAUUCAUCAGACGCCUUCAUCACUCUCGUUCCAUCACUCUCUCUCUCUCUCUAUCCAUCUAUCCGUUCAUCCGUCCACCCUCCAUCCUUCCCCUCAGGGACUUGUUUAGGAAAACGUUAUUUUCGUCCCGUCCCUCAAUCGCGUCCCUGUAUCGACUUUCCCGCGCGUUGUUCGGCUGUCAGCCCGGCACAGGACACACACACACACACACACACACACACACACACACACACGUGACCGGGAACUCCCGCGCAAAGGAGGGGAGCUAAUUCGUGAGUCGUUGUUGAGGAGGUAAGCCGGACUCGGAAACCCUUCCACACACUCGUUUCUCUUUGAAACAAACGUUUUCACAGAGGAUUGGCGGAAUUGCUUGUUUUUGUUGUGUUUUUUUCAUUCUUUCUUGUCGGCCGUGAGUAGGAAAAGAUUUCUCAUCCCUACACACGCACGGUUCUUGUUUUUUCAUCUGAUAUUUCAAGGUUAUUAUACCCUAAGAGUCAGUCCCCACUACAGUUGUCGCAAAAAACAACAAAACCAACCGUUCCUAACGUAUCCUAGUUGGGUUUUUUUCCCCCUUUUCCUAAGUGCGUAAAGGUAAAUCGUUGCCAUGGGCAAUCUGUGUUCUAGCGGCACGGAGAAGAAGGCGGGGAAGGAAGAAAAUCUUCCAGACAAGCCCCAGGAAGGCGAGGACGAGGCGCUGUUGUCAGGCGUAGGUGGCGCAGUCGGUGCGGGGCUACAGCAGGCGGCCGCCGACGCCGAGGCCAAGGUCGGGGAGGCUGUGGAGGGCGCCCAGAACAAGGUCGAAGCCGAGGUGCAAGGGGCGGCUUCUGACGCGCAGGUCAAGGCCGGGGAGGCGGUUGAAGGUCUCCAGAGCAAGGUGGAGGCAGAAGUGCAGCAGACUGUGUCUAGCGUGCAGGAGAAGGCCUCGGGAGUCGUGGGUGAUGUGCAGGGGCAGGUGAGCGCAGGUGUGGAGAAAGUAGGCGCCGAUGUGGGUGAGGUUCAAGGUCAGGUGAGCUCAGGUGUAAGUGAGGUUCAAUGUCAGGUGAGCUCAGGUGUGGAGACAGCGACCGCGGGUGUCGGGAAGGCGGUGACGCAGGGCCAGGAGGCCGUGGAGACGAACGUUGAGGCCGGGACAGGCAAGGUGGAGGAGCUGAAGCAGCAGGGGGAGGAGUCUGGGGGCCUGUUGGGCGGAGUCAAGGACAAGGUGGAAGAGGCCGUGGAAGUAGGGAAGGUCAAGGUCGGAGAGGUUGUGGAAGCCGGCAAGGUCAAGGUCGGUGAGGUGGUGGAGCAGGGCAAGCAGAAGGUGAGCGAAGUGGCCAGUUCUGGAAUGUCCAUGGUCUCCGGGUUCAUGGGUCAGGGUCAGGACAAGACGGAAGCCGCGGGAGAGGCAGUCAGUUCUGGCGUUGACGAGGCGGCCGGCAUGGCGGGCCAGGGACAGACGAACGUCGUCGAGGGCGCCACCUCUGGCCUGAGCUCUCUGUCCGGCUUUGUCCAGGGCGGGAAGGACGCGGUGGAAGAAUCUGCCGCCAAGGGCGCGGACCAGGUGUCCGGUGUGGUGGACCAGGGAAAGGCGGCCGUGGAGGAGAAGGUGGAGAGCGUGAGCGCCCAGGUGGCGGAGCAGGCGUCUAGUACCGUGGAGCAGGGACAGCAGAAGGUGGAGGAUCUCGCCGGCUCUGGCAUGGAUCGUCUGUCCGGGCUGGUCGCCGACUCGAGGCAGGGAGCCAAGGAGGCGGCGAGCGCCGGGAGCGAGCGAGUAUCCGCUGUGGUGGACCAGGGACAGGAGAGUCUUGUGGCCGCCGCUGACCGCGCGGAGGAGGAGAAGCAGGGAGUCCGGGAAGCUGUGUCUGCCGGCCUGGGUCAGGUGACCUCUGCUGUCCAGCAGGGAGCCCAAGAAGGCUCGGACGUUGUCCAGUCUAGCCAGGCCGAGGCUGAGAAUGUCGUGAAGGAGGAGUCCAAAGAGACUGAAGCGGCUAGCGAGGGCAUGAUGUCGUCUCUGAUGAACCAGGGCGUGGCCAAAGCCCAGGAGCUGUCCCAGGCUGGACAGGAGAAGGUCCAAGGACUGGUCAGUCAGGGCCAGGAGGCGAUCUCGGGACUGGUGGACGCCGGAAAAGAAAAGGUCGGCGGUUUGACCUCUGGGGUUCAAGGUCUUUUCGGAGGCAGUGUGAGCGACAAGCCCGAGGACGCCACGGCUGUAGAUGAUCUGCCCCCUCCCCCACCCGCCCCGUCCGCUGUGGUCGAGGAAGAAGAGAAAUCUGGGUCAGGGUUAGGGUCCGGGUUCGGGGACGUGCUGGGCUCUGUGGCUAAGGAGGGCCAGGAGGGAGUGGAGAACGUGAAGAACGAGGUGAAGGAAAGGAUCUCCGAGGACAUUGUCGCCCCGGCACAACAGGCUCUGCAGAGUGUGGCCCCGGGUCUCGUGGCUGGCGGCUCCGUCGCCGAGGGUCAGGUCGAGGGUCAGGUCGAGGGUCAGGCAGAAGGUCAGGCGGAACAACAGCAGCCAUGUUUUUUAGACCGAGCCAAGGGUCUCCUGGAGGCCCACAGAAACUCUCUGGAUGAGUCAAAGGUCCCUGAGGUGGCGGCCGCCGCGGCUGCUGCUGUGGGUGUGGACCUGGGGGCGCCGACUGGAGGUGCGGAGGAGGAGAAGACAGAAGAGGGAGAGAAGACAGAGGAUGGAGAGAAGAAGGAAGAAGCCGUUCAAGAGACGGCUCGCACAUUCGUGGAGGGCAUCAUCGAGAAGGCGACGACCUUCGUGUCUGAGACUGUGUCCCCACCCGCCCCUGAGGCUGAGGCUGAGGCUGAGGCUGAGGACGGCGACCCGAGCGUGGAGCGAGGCGAGGAGACGCUGCCGCCCAAGAAGCGAGGCGUGUGUUUCGCGGCGUCGCCCCAGGGCUCGUCCUCGGACAGCUCUGUGACGUCACCGCCCGCCGCCUUCUCGCCCCCGCCCCCCGUCGGGGAGGACGUGACCCCGCCCAGUGACGUCAGCGGUAACAACAGCAGCAGCAGCAACGCCGCUUCUCCCGAGGAGGAGAGCAACGCAGAGGACACCCUCCCACCGCCCCCACCUGCUGCCGCUCCUACUGCUGACAACUUCAACAACAACAACAACAAUGACGAUGAUGUGACAUCUGCUGUUAAUAACAACAACAACGUCAACAACUUCAACAACAAUAAUAACAACAACAAUAACAGCA